AAACACAUUUAAUUAAAUUAUAAUCAUGUAUAAGAAUUCGAAGGAGGACCGCGUUAGAAAGCGCCUGAAGACUACCAGUAGAGUCUAUCAAUCUAAGGUCCAAUUAGGACAUCAACAAGAAAAAGCUCCCCUAGAAGAGCCCAAUCUUAAGAUACUGCCAGAUAAACUAUCCAUAAUUAAGAACUCGGCAACUCUUUUGAAACCAAAACUGAUCCAUCUCCAAAAUGCAGCAGACGCUACGCUCAAACAAGAGGAAGGUCCCACAGAGAAACUCGAACUUAAGAUACAGCCAGAUGAGCUACCCGUAAUUAAGAGAUCAGAAACUCAUUUGACACCAAAGCAGGGACACCUCCUAAAGGCACCAGAAGCUAAGCUCAAAUUGGAACACCAACAAGAGAAAGGUCCCCCAGUGAAACCGGAACUUAAGAUACUGCCAGAUAAAUUAUGCGAAAUCAUGAGAUCAGAAACUCAUUUGGAAACGAAGGACAGCCAUCCCCAAAAUUUAAACGAGAUCAAGUGCAAAUUAGAAGAAGAAAAAGAAGGUAAAGAUGUGUCAUUUACAGAAUUCAUAGAAAAGCAGGGAUGGGGAUCGUUUUCCAUGGACUUUUUGAAGGAUUUGAAUGGACACAAAAGCCAACGCGUCCAUCAUUCGAGCAGACUCUCCCCAAGGACGAAUAUAGAUAAACUACAAACUGCAAGGAUGGACUUUAAGUCCAUCGAUUGGUUCGAAUCGGUUGAAAGCAACAACAGGGUCAUCUUUCCAUCCUCAUCUUGUGCUCAUUCCGAUGUUGACAACGAUUAUGUGGCAAAGCUACGUGCAAAGUGGACCGAUUUCUUCGCCCAACAAAAGAAGACGCCAAUGGAACUACGCUUGGAGGAGCGGAGAAGACAAAUACAGAAGAAAGAGUCAGUAAAGGGGGCUAACGAACAGCAGAGGACGAAGCAAACCCGAAGUAAGCUUCAGCCCAGAAGAUCUCUCAGUGCUCUCUACAGAGAGCCUCGACAAACGCACCGCAUGCGAAAAGCUAUGGAAUCAAUUGCCGAGGAACUAGCCGGGAUGAACAUACAGCCCGAGGAGAGUGGUGAAUGCUCACAUGGAUAUACUUGUUCAGGAGAAAGUAGCUGUAGUCAGUCCAAGUAUUAAUAUUAGCAUUAGUAUUGCAUGAACCAAAUGACAACAAAUAAAUCGUCUGAAGCUUAA